GAAGCCAAACGGUCAAGGUGACAGUACUGGGCCGGAUCAGGAGUGUGUUCGCAGAGGUGGGGAGUGUGUGGAUGCCACACUGAUCCGCUAGACUGACGUCUCUCCGGUAGCGCAGAAGAAGACCGCAGCCGGGUUAUUCCACAGACUUCAGUAAAGCCGAGCAGUCGACAGUCUCUCCCGCAGAGACGGAAAGACGCGGAGGAAGAAAAUAAGAAUAAAACCUAAGUUCAGCAACGACAAGCUGCAGUUUUUCCAGCAUGUUUAACCUUCGGAAAUCACCGUUCAGGCACGCGCGCCCCGCGACUGCUUGAUUUUGCUGGUGUGCAGGUUUUUCUCUCCUUUUUUUUCCUCUUUUUCUUUUGCAGGGGGAAACAUACGUCUUUUUUCCUCUUUCAUCUAAUGUAAAAAAAAAAAAAAAAAAAAGACGACAACAACUCCUUCUAUACUGGAACGAUGUGGACCUCUCAGGAUACUGUUGGAUUUGUUUUCUUAGCCGGAUUUUGUGUUCAGUUCGGAUUUUCCUUUGAAGGUCGCUUCACGGAUCUGCCCUCCAACAUGACGGUUAAAGAGGGGCAAAACAUAGAAAUGGCGUGUGCUUUCCAGAGUGGAACCGCGUCGGUGUAUUUGGAGAUCCAGUGGUGGUUCGUGAAAGCUCCAGAGCCCACUGACAGCGAGGAGGAUGUCGAUGCUGAAGAGAUGGAGAUGAUACCAGAGCCCGAUCCUGAUGACGAGGGGACAAAAAUAAGUACAGUGAAAGUCCAGGGCAACGACAUCUCACACAAACUGCAGAUCUCCAGAGUCAGCAAGAGUGAUGAAGGACUGUACGAGUGCCGGGUGACACGGGCUAACUAUGGAGAGAUUGUGGAGUACAAAGCCCAAGCUUGGUUGAAGGUCAACGCCACAGCCAGGCCUCGCCGACCACUGCUGCCACCCAAGGAAAGCUCCCCACUGCACCUGACAGAUAAGAAGCCGAGAAAGUUCAGCUCAACUUUGGGUCAGGACAACAUGAAUUCAGACCAGAGGGUGGUCUCUACAUCCACUUCUCACACAUCCUCCAACACAGCUAAACACAACCCCGGCUCAGGUACAAGGAUAUCGUCCAGCUAUGGACUGGCCGUCCUGCUUCUGGCGUGCGGUUUGGUGUGGGAUGCUUUGUUAUAAUUUGAGGAACUGAUAUGGUUUGCAGCCAGCUCUGCUCCAUCUGUUUGCUCUCAAAGCAAACAAGAAAAAAAGAGAAAAAUUGCCUGUUUUACUCCCUCGCAACCCACUCACCCCAUCCUCCCUCCCCACGAUGCGAACGGCAGUUGGCUCCUCACCUCCUCUCCACCACUGCUUCUGCAUCCAGCACAUUGUUAUUAGCCACUGCAACCACCAGUCACACCUACAGCAGCCGGAUUACCUUUUGUACAGACGUCUACUCAACGCCAUCUGAGGUACAGUGUGACGGCGGGACUCUGAAUGACUUUCUGAAGGUGUUGCUGUUCUAGUUCAUGUGUUCAUUGCUCAAAAGUCAACAAGAAAAAAGAAGAAUCUAUAUUUGUGUAAUAUAUAUGAUCCUAGAUAUAUGUCUGUUUUAUUUGAAACACUUAGAAUAACUGUAUGUGCUGUGUACAUAGCUGCCACUCACUCUGGCCAUGGAACCUCAUUGUGAACAGGCACUUUAGCCCUCUCGAGGAAAUUAAUCAAACUCAAGUAUGUGUUAAAUUAGACUAUUAAUGUUAACCAAUAGGUUAAAAAAAAGGUCAGAUUUUGCUUUUUUUCCAGCUGUGUUGGCCAUGUGCAUAAUUUUACAUCUUGUUGGUGAUACAUAAUGAGUUGUGCAUGCUUGGUCUGAAGGCUGAAAUGGAAGAUGAAGACAUUUGUUGAACACGUGGACUUCAGUGUUACGAUAUGUUAAGUUUAGCUUUAUUUUAUGUGCUAGCUUUGAUGUGAAAAAAAUGUCCCUUUGUCAAUUUAAUUUGUAUUGUCUCCUCAGUGAGAAUAAAAAAAAACAAAUCA